UGUUUUCACCUGGCAAGAGUUCCUGAGCAGGUAACUAUGCCGUUGGAGCGUUUUCGGUUACGAUGAAUAUCGGACGAUACAUCCGACAAAAAGAUCAGUGGUCCAGGUUUACACUCAUCAUCAGGAGAGACAACAGAGCAUUUGUUGAGGUUUAACACACCAAAACAGUUCUACUUACUGCCAUUAUAUCACUACACAUAUCACGUCGUGCUCCCUCUCUCCCUCUCUCUUCCUCACGACUCUCACGAGGACAGAUGGUAAAUCCAUGAUGCUUCAUGAAGAGGUAAAGACAGAGAUCCAGACAGCAGCAUCAUUGUGGAUGUGAAAUCACAGCUUUCUGAGAGUCAAACGGAGAACAUCCUCAAUGGAGCAUCAUUCCAGAUCAAUUCAGCAGGGUUCCUCAGGUGGGAAUGCCUCCCUUUCUCCACCGACUCUGAGUCCAGCGAUCCCUCCCUACGUCAAACUGGGCCUGACAGUCGCCUACACCGUCUUCUACUCCAUCCUCUUCGCAUUCAUCUAUGCUCAGCUGUGGCUGGUGUUGCGUUACCGGCACAAACGCUUCAGCUACCAGACGGUGUUCCUGUUCCUGUGUCUGCUGUGGGCGGCACUGCGCGCACUCCUCUUCUCGUUCUAUUUCAGGGACUGCGUGACGGCCAACGCGCUCGGACCGUUCUCCUUCUGGCUGCUCUACUGCUUCCCCGUGUGCCUGCAGUUCUUCACCCUCAGCCUCAUGAAUCUGUACUGCGCUCAGGUUUUCUUCAAGGCCAAAUCAAAGUAUUCUCCUCACCUCCUUAAAUAUAAGUUUCCUCUGUAUCUGCUGUUUGUUGGUGUGAGUCUGCUGUUUCUCCUGGUCAAUCUGACAUGUGCUCUGCUGGUAAAGAUGAGCGGCACACAGGUGAAGACCAUCGUCCUGGUGCGCGUCACCAUCAACGACUCUCUCUUCGUUCUAUGCGCCGUCUCUCUGUCCGUCUGCCUCUACAAGGUGGCCAAGAUGUCUCUGGCCAGCAUCUACCUGGAGUCCAAGGGCACAUCUGUGUGUCAGGUGACCCUGAUUGGUCUCGUGGUGAUAUUACUGUACGCAUCACGGGCGUGUUAUAAUUUAGUGGUCCUGGCUCUCACAGAUAUUGAGACCAUUAAUUCGUUUGAUUACGACUGGUACAACGUGUCCGAUCAGGCGGACCUGAGGUCUAGUCUUGGCGAUGCCGGUUAUGUUGUGUUCGGUGUGAUUCUGUUCGUGUGGGAGCUGCUGCCCACAUCUUUGGUGGUCUUCUUUUUCCGAGUGCGCAAACCUGCUCAGGACAGGAGCGGUUCUGCGAUUCCCAGCCAUGUUUUCACAAAUAGACCAUAUUUCUUUGACAACCCCAGACGUUACGACAGUGAUGACGAUUUAGCCUGGGCUUCUCACACCCAGACCACCUCAACAAGUUUGUCUACAGACUGCUAUGAUUGGGGGAGCCGGAGCAGCAGUUUCCUGGUUCAUUUGGGAGGAGAUGAUCAACGGUCGACCACGGCAACAGCGGGACUACACCGUUAAUGUCACAACUUAUUCAUGUAGUUGUACAGCUAUGAGUAAAUAUCAAUUGCACCGCACUUUAAACGGCCAACUACAUCUGCAUAUACACGCACAAGCGGAUCCGUUAAACAUGUCAAUGAGACCGUGCACUGCAAGUGUAUGUGUCUCAUAGAGCAAUGUGCAAUCGUCAUGGUAACCGCAGCUCUAAACCAUGUGAUCCAACAGAAGAGGACCAUGGCUGUGUUCAGAGGUGAAUAUUAACAUACUGCAACUUCUCAGUGUAUACUGUAUGUGGCAUACUGUUUAAACAAAAACAAAAAAACAGUAGUAUGCUAUAUUGUUUUCACAUGACCUUACGUGUUUGAGUGGCAUCUAGUUAUCAUCUUGGGUUAUUUUGCAUUCUUAAUUACACUCUUGGCAGUCAAAUAAUGAGUAAAAAAGAUUUUCAAAAAAUCAGUUCAUUCGUCACACUGAAAACUGAAGAUUUAAAUUGGGCACAUUGCAUUGUGGCAUGCAGUAUACCACACAGUGUGCUCUUGCAGUAAUCUUCACAUUAUGAACAUUUGUAGUGGGCAAUCCAGGUUUAUAUAUAUACAGAAAAUGAAAUUACUGGAGUACAGUAUGUAGAAAUGCUAGUACGCAAUUCUGAACAUAGACCAUGUCUCCAGAGUGCACUUCUAAACCUUAAUGAUGAUAAUAAUAUAUGUGCGUGUAUUUUCAUACAUCAGAAUUAAGUAUUUAAUUUAAUCAGGAAUUAUUCAAUUAAAUGUAUAUCGUUUUGACGUUAUGUAUUGAUGUUACUUGCUUUGUCAUUAUGUAUCUUAAAAAAAAAAAAAAAAAAAAUUUGUUCAAAAGAAGUAGUUUGUCUACUGAAGUAAAGCACACGUAAAAGUUUACACCGAUGUCUUAAAAUAUUGUAUAUUAUAAAUGCAUUUAAUGUUUAUUUCAGUGAUUGUGUGAAAGGAUGUUUGAUCACAUUAUAAAUACACAAAUGUCAGUGUUCCAAACAGGCGAGACGUUUCCAGCGCUUAUUAACUUAUUAGUCUUCAGUGAAAGCGAGGAUGCUGUGAAAAGUGACUAAAUAACCAAUUAGAACAUAUUUAACCUCUUCAACUCUGCUGACCGGGUACCGGGUCCAUGGGCAGGACCAGGAGUGCAUAAUAAGUUUAUGAUUACAAAAUAAAAGUCCCUGGAUGCACAAGUCACUCAUGUGUGGUACCAUUUGAAAGAUUAGAGUCGGAACUUUUCACAGAAUACCAAUAACAAGAUAAAACUUGAAAACCUCCGUUUCACAAAUGAGCGGCAUCUUUUGGCGUCACACUUUACAAUACAUUUCCAUUCGUUAACAUUAGUUAAUGCAUUAGGUAUCAUUAACAAUACAUUUCUUACAGCAUUUAUUAAUCUUAGUUAAUGUUAGUUAAUAAAAAUACAAUUGUUGAUUGUAAGUUCAUGUUAGUUCAUAGUGCAUUAACUAAUGUUAACAAAUACAACUUUUGAUUUAAACAAUGUAUUGGUAUAUGUUUAAAUGAACAUUAAGAUUAACAGAUGCUGUAAAAGAAUUCUUCAUUGUUGUUUCAUGUUAACAAAUGGAACCUUAUUGUAAAGUGUUAUCUCUUUUGGUAAUGAUGUAGAAAUAUAAAUAUGAAUAUAAAAGUGUUUCAUAUUGCACUUAAAUAGACAUGUCAGGGACUGGGUAUCUCAGUGAGUACUGACGCUGACUAUCACCCCUGGAGUUGCGAGUUUGAAUCCAGGGUGUGCUGAGUGACUCCAGCCAGGUCUCCUGAGCAACCAAAUUGGCCCGGUUGCUAGGGAGGGUAGAGUCACAUGGGGUAACCUCCUCGUGGUCGUGAUUAGUGGUUCUCGCUCUCAAUGGGGCGUGUGGUAAGUUGUGCGUGGAUCGCGGAGAGUAGCAUGAGUCUCCACAUGCUGUGAGUCUCCGCAGUGUCAUGCACAACGAGUCACGUGAUAAGAUGCGCGGAUUGACGGCCUCAGAAGCCACCCAGAUUGAGGUGAGUAACCGCGCCACCACGAGGACCUACUAAGUAGUGGGAAUUGGACAUUCCAAAUUGGGAGAAAAGGGGAUUAAAAAAAUAAAAUAAAAAUAGACAUAUCAAAUGAAAGCUCUCAUUCUCAGGAAUGUGAAUAUGCAGUAUAUUUUGUUGUCUCGUCUCAUGUCUGCAAUUAUCACCGCUUCGGUAAGCCCAAAUAGCAACAAACUCUAUAUCAACUUUUACCUUAGGUUGUUUUCUUUAAAAUUAGCUAUUGAUCACUUGUCUGUGGCCUUGCUUGAGUAAAUAAUCCAAUGUUAUGUCUCAGAUCUGCAUAUUGUGAUGUAAGGUGAUAGAGGACAAAUAAUUUUUCCUAGUACUUGCUGCCAUUUAGUGGAAUGAAAUAAGACUUAUGCAUGGAGAUAGAGCAAACAGAACCAGAAUUAUAUGAUUAUGCUAAAAAAAUAAAUAAAAAAAGACUUUUUAAAAUUAUGUUCAUCUUAAGAAUGUAAACACAGUAUUAUUUAUGAAUAAUGGUUAUCUUGUUUUUUUAUAUUUGGGGGACUUUCUGUAAAAUGAGACCAAUUAUUUUGCAGUUAGUCCACUUUAUGUGAGGAAGGUGAGCUUUUAAGUUUUGGUGUGAAAAAUUGCAGCUGCAGCCAAAAAAUGAUUUGAAGUUGAAGAGGUUAAUGUUUAAUAUGCAGUUAUGUGGAGAGGGGUGUUGGACGGCGGGGUUGCCCAAUGCAAUGCCACAGAAACCAAGCGAGUGACAAAAUUGGCUAGUUCUCAAAAACUCAGAUUUACAUGCUAGCUUUUGCUAUCGCGUUGGCGCUUUAACCUGGUUUGAACACUGUGUAAAUGAUUUGGUGUUUACAUAGACUAGUAUACAUGUUGAAACACUGAAAACAAAAAGACAAAAAUGCUGUAAGUGACAACCAGAUAAAUUUAUUUAUUUCUGUUAAAUAAAUAAUCUUGACAAACACACAAUACAGAA